CGUAGGGCGCAGUGCGCAGGCGCGGCCGGGCAGCCGGCGUCGCCGGAGCAUCCUCGGUGCGGGCGUGUCCCCGCGGCUGUGCCGGUCCUCGUCCUCCUCGUCCUCGUCCUCCGCGGGCGGCCGCCGCGAUGGCGAAGCCGCUGACGGACGGCGAGAGGCGGAAGCAGAUCAGCGUGCGCGGGCUGGCGGGACUGGGCGACGUGGCCGAGGUGCGGAAGAGCUUCAACCGGCACCUGCACUUCACGCUCGUCAAGGACCGCAACGUGGCCACGCGCCGCGACUACUACCUGGCGCUGGCGCACACGGUGCGCGACCACCUGGUGGGCCGCUGGAUCCGCACGCAGCAGCGCUACUACGAGCGCGACCCCAAGCGCGUCUACUACCUCUCGCUGGAGUUCUACAUGGGCCGCACCCUGCACAACACGAUGGUGAACCUGGGCCUUCGGAGCGCCUGCGACGAGGCCAUGUAUCAGUUGGGGUUGGACCUCGAAGAGCUGGAGGAAAUAGAAGAGGACGCUGGCCUUGGGAACGGGGGCUUGGGGAGGCUGGCAGCCUGCUUCCUUGACUCGAUGGCCACCUUGGGUCUGGCAGCGUACGGUUAUGGGAUCCGCUACGAGUUCGGGAUUUUUAACCAGAAGGUCGUCAAUGGCUGGCAGGUGGAGGAGGCCGACGACUGGCUGCGCUACGGCAACCCCUGGGAGAAGGCCCGGCCGGAAUACACGCUCCCGGUGCACUUCUACGGGAGGGUGGAGCACGGCUCCGAGGGCGUGCGGUGGCUGGACACACAGGUGGUGCUGGCCAUGCCCUACGACACGCCGGUGCCCGGCUACAAGAGCGACACCGUCAACACCAUGAGACUGUGGUCUGCCAAGGCACCCAAUGACUUCAAGCUGCACGACUUCAACGUGGGUGGCUACAUCGAGGCGGUCCUGGACAGGAAUCUGGCCGAGAACAUCUCCAGAGUCCUGUAUCCCAACGACAACGUGAGUGGCUCCGUCCCUCCCACAUGUCCGCUGAGGCCUGUGAGCAGGUCCAGAAGGCUGGGCACCGUGGCCUCUCCUCUGCCCUCUGCCCAGGAGAGCUCCUGGAGGUUUUUGGCCUUACACCUCCUUCCCUGUAAACACCGGCCACCCCGCACUCUGCAGGCUGCCCCGUGCGGGGCCGCGGAGCCAUCAGACCCCUACCCGGCUGGUUUCUGGUUUCUGCUCUUGUUGUGUGAAACCACAUGUCCCUUUACUGUUCUGCAGAGGAUCGGGGAGGGUUUCCUGACCGACCUGAGCCAGCUGAGGAAGCUGCUGCCGCUGGCGGGCGAUGAGGCCCUCAUCAGGGACGUGGCCCAGGUCAAGCAGGAGAACAAGGCGAAGUUCGCUGCCUUCCUAGAGCAGGAGUACAAGGUGAAGGUCAGCCCCUCCUCCAUGUUCGACGUGCACGUCAAGAGGAUCCACGAGUACAAGCGGCAGCUGCUGAACUGCCUGCACGUGGUCACUCUGUACAACCGGAUAAAGAAGGACCCGGCCCAGGCCGUUGUACCCAGGACUGUCAUGAUCGGGGGCAAGGCGGCGCCUGGCUACCACAUGGCCAAGAUGAUCAUCAAGCUGGUGACAUCCAUCGGCGACGUUGUCAACCAGGAUCCAGUUGUGGGCGACAGGCUCAAAGUGGUCUUCCUGGAGAACUACCGGGUGUCCCUGGCCGAGAAAGUGAUCCCGGCCGCGGACCUGUCGCAGCAGAUCUCCACCGCGGGCACCGAGGCCUCGGGCACGGGCAACAUGAAGUUCAUGCUCAAUGGCGCCCUGACCAUCGGCACCAUGGAUGGGGCCAACGUGGAGAUGGCUGAGGAGGCGGGGGCCGAGAACCUCUUCAUCUUCGGCCUCCGGGUGGAGGAUGUGGAGGCCCUGGACCGCAAAGGGUACAAUGCCCGGGAGUACUAUGACCGCCUGCCCGAGCUGCGGCAGGCCGUGGACCAGAUCAGCAGUGGCUUCUUCUCACCCAGGGAGCCGGACUGCUUCAAGGACGUCGUCAACAUGCUGCUGAACCAUGACAGGUUCAAGGUGUUUGCAGAUUAUGAAGCGUACGUGGCCUGCCAGGCUCGGGUGGACCGGCUGUACCGGAACCCCCGGGAGUGGACUGAGAAGGUUAUCAGGAACAUCGCCUGUGCUGGCAAGUUCUCCAGUGACCGGACCAUCACCGAGUAUGCCCGGGACAUCUGGGGUGUGGAGCCCUCCGCCCUACAGACCCCACCCCCCAGCCUCUCCAGGGACUAGGCCCCCCUCGCCAACUCUGCCCCUCGUCCAGCUUCCCAGCACCUGCUUUUUUUCCCACUGCUGUUUCCGGGAGGAAUGUGGGGAUCAUGGUGGGGAAGGAAAGAUGCUGACAGAGAGGCUCUCCUGCCGCCUGCAGCAGAGCGGAGCCUGCGGCACUGACCAGGGUGGCGCUGACCGGGGCAGCUGGCCUGCAGCUUUGCCCGCCCACCCUGGGAGGUGGGGAAGGUGGGGACGCCGGUCGGGCUCCCACAGCCUUGCAUGUGCCGUGUGUGAGCUUGUUUUUAGCUUUGAGCCUCUGGAUUCUGGGGUCUGGGCAGGCAGUGUGGCAGAGCCUGGGGACACUUGGGCUGGCCGUCUGGUGUGGCCUCUGGUCCUCCCUGGCCCAGCUCUGCCUGCUGGCCUUGCUGGGAGGGUCCAGUGCUCUGGGCCUUGUCUCCAUAGCUGCCCUGUGGGCACCCGAGACAGCUGGGGUGACACUGAGGGGGACACCUGUGUCCAGCAUCUAGGGUGAGACAAGGAUGACUGAUAAAAAGUCAGAUUGGGUUUGCUUUUUCAAAAAAAAAUUUCCCUCGUGAAAAACUAGUUGGAGCCGUUCAUUCUUCCAGCAGCUAAGCCCAGUGCUUCUGGAGCUGCUGCCUGGGGAGGCCGUGGCGGGGUGUGCUCCCCCGACCCUGCCGUGGGGCCCGGGGGCCGCCUCUGCUGGAUGGGGCAGGGCGUGCAGCCCCUGCCCCACGCCCCUCCACGUCUGGGGUGUGUCUCUGUCUUACGUGUGAAGCCGGCCCCCUCCCCGCUCCCUUGCCAGCAGCGCAGCAGCCUGGUCUGGAGAAGGGCCAGGUGGGCUCAGAGCAGAGCCCAGAGAGCAGCCCGCAGCCGUGGGCAGAAGCGCGUUCCCGCGGCCUUGCCCUCACCUCCGUACUGACUGCACACUUCUCCAGGGUCACAGGGACACGUUCUGGGGUGUGACUGUGCCCCCGAUAUGCUCUGCUGCCCGUCCCUAGGCCGACUGUGACUGUCACUGUGCCCCUCCUGUACCACCUCGUGUGAGAAACCAAUUAAACUGCUUAUGCUUGGCUGA